GCCGGUAGUGGUGGUAGAGGAGACAGUGGUGGAGCCGGUGGUGGUGGCUGUAGUGGAGGGCGCGGAAGGUGCAGUGGUGGAAGAAGUGGGAGGAGAGGACAAAACCCUCCCCACCCCAAUCCCCCUGCCCCAGACUAAUGUGACCCCUGAAGGAGAAAGGGCCGAGAAAGACGGCUCCGGAGAGAUGUUCAGCGAAAGCUCCCCAAGUGGGUCAGACAUCAUAGGGUCGGUGUCGGAAAGCACCAUGGAGACUGUGUCAGAAGGUACGGGAGAGGAGGGGGAGAUUCUGAAGGAACACCUCCCCCUACGUAAAAGAAACGCUGAGGAGCUCUCUGACCCCGAACAGGGUGAGGAGAAAAAGGGAAAGGUGGAGUGGGAGAGCUCCCAGGGGGAGGAAGAACCCAGAACCUUCCCCUCCAACUCCCCCAAUCAAGUCUCCUUUUUAAGUCCUGUUUUAACCUCCUCUCCCUUCCAAACCCCCUUACCCCGGAGGGAGAGAGAGAAAGUCCCUGAAGACUAACCCCCUUUUAACUUUUCAAUGGCUUUUCUUCUAGCACUGUUUUUACUCACCCCUUUUAUGGCUUUUAAAAUCACCACUAUAAACGUGAGGAGCGUAAAGACAGCAACAAGAGCACAGUCGGUUUUAUCCUUUUUAGAAAGGUUUAACUCUGAUGUGUUUUUACUACAGGAGUGUGGUCUACCCUUUUUAUCCUCUUACAGGAAAUGGGAGGAUAAGUGGCGGCACGGGCCCUCCAUUUGGAGUGGUUCCAAUUUUAACAAGAACGACGGUGUUGCCAUUUUAAUCAAGACCCCACAGGUGGUGGUGAAGGGGAGCACAGUGGUGGAUCGGGAACCAGUGUGUCCAGUGCGCGGGCUCGCUAUAGGUGAGCCCACAACGGUUUGGCGCAACGUGGCCCAUCCUGCUCUCCUGAAUCGGCAUCGGGACCUGUCCUGGAUGGUCGCCCAUGAGAUCCUCCCGGUCAGGGCCGUUAUGCACUCACGGGGCAUGGCGAGGACAGCCGCGUGCCCCCGACCAGGCUGCGGCCAAGAAGAGUCGGUGAGGCACAUGCUCUGGGAGUGCAGAGCCGCCAGGGACCUGUGGAAGGAAGCAGGCCCCCUGAUCACCUCGUGUCUGCCAGCAGGGGAGGACCUAACACCUCAGCUGGUGCUGUAUUGGGUGGGCCGAAGGCCCAUUCCAUCGAAGGCCUUCACCAAGCUCUGGCCCACCCUCACGUGCCUGAAGGAAGCACUGUGGUCCUCCCGUAACCUGCUGGUAGCGAAAAACGUAGAGACCACCCCCCAGGCAGUGGCCAUGGUAGCCACGGAAGCCCUGGGGUGGUACGGAAGGAAGGGGGCCUCGACCCCAGGCGAAGGGUCCCCCACAACACCCUAGGUCCCGCGGCCACGGCCUGACAGCGCUGCGGCGCCUAGGGCGAUGCGCCUAGGGGAGGGAUCUCCUCUGGGCCCCGAAGGACGGGACGAUGAUCUAUUCAGAAGAGCAGGAUGAGGUGAGCUUGAUAAAGACUCACCCCCCUCCUGGACAAGGGACUGAAGACAGCCUUUUAACAAAGUUACUUUUUAACAUGGUUUUUCAUGUCUUAAAAAUGUUUUACCUUUGUUAGAUCAUUAGUACACAUUUUAAAUGGCUUUUACAGAUGUGAUGUUUUUACAAGAAAAGUACUUUUAUCCAUGGUUGUUUUCAUUGGUUUUAACAACAUGUGCUUUUUAACAAAUUUAAAUGUAACUUUCAAAUGCUGUGUUUUAUGCUUUGUUGCCGUUUUUAUGUGUAUCAAUGACGUAAAAAAUGUAUGAGCUGUUUUUAAAGGAAAUGUAUCAAUAAAACUUUUCCAAAAGAAAA